CAAAAAAUAAACUAAAAUAAUUACGGAUAAAAUUGCAGAAUAUAAAUACUGACACCACUCGGCCAUCCGGCAACCGAAGAGCUUAGAUUUCUCUAGGGUUUUUCAUACCAACGCAUCGUCGAGCAGAACUUUAAUUUGAGCAUCGGAGAUGGCAUCAGAGGAAGCGAGUGAAACAGGGGUUGAAGUUGAAAGCUUACUUGAAUGGUCAAAAAAGGAUAAGCGUCGAUUCUUGCAUGCUGUUUAUCGUGUCGGAGACUUGGACCGAACCAUAAAGUUUUAUACCGAAUGUUUUGGAAUGAAAUUACUGAGAAAAAGAGAUGUUCCCGAAGAGAAAUAUUCGAAUGCUUUUCUUGGAUUUGGUCCUGAAGAUUCUCAUUUUGUGGUAGAGCUGACAUACAAUUACGGGGUGGAUAAGUACGAUAUUGGCACGGGAUUUGGACAUUUUGCCAUUGCCUCUGAAGAUAUUUACAAGUUGGUGGAGGACAUCAGGGCGAAGGGCGGCAAGAUUACACGUGAGCCGGGUCCCGUUAAAGGAGGAAGCACUGUAAUAGCCUUUGCUCAAGAUCCCGACGGUUACAUCUUCGAGCUACUUCAGAGGGGCCCCACUCUUGAGCCUCUCUGCCAAGUUAUGCUACGGGUUGGGGACCUCGAUCGAUCCAUUCAGUUUUACGAAAAGGCUUGUGGGAUGAGACUAUUGAGGAAAUCUGAUAAUGCGGCAUACAAGUACACCAUUGCUAUGUUGGGUUAUGCUGAGGAGCAUCAGACCACCGUUCUUGAAUUGACAUACAAUUAUGAUGUGAAAGAGUACACCAAAGGGAAUGCAUAUGCUCAGCUUGCUCUUAGCACUGAAGAUGUGUAUAAAAGUGCUCAAGUGGUUGAUUUGGUCACAAAGGAGCUUGGAGGAAAGAUAACCAGACAACCUGGUCCUAUUCCUGGACUCAACACCAAGAUCACCUCCUUCCUUGAUCCGGAUGGCUGGAAAGUGGUUUUCGUGGACCACUCGGAUUUCCUGAAGGAGCUCCAGGCAUGAUUUCAGGAAAGUUUUGAAUAAAAAAUGUUAUGGGAAAUGCUUCUAUGAUGCACCUGUGUGUUUUAUGACAUUUGAAAUAAGCUAAUAUUGUGCGACUACGUGAGAAUUUUCUA